GGCAUCAGUUGUGCGAGCGAGCUGCGCGCGGAGCGAGGCCUCGGAGCGGUGGCGACGGGCAUGGCGUCUGCGGGCGUCGCGCGACGUUGCCUUGUGCUGGCGGCUUUGUCCUGCUGCAGCCUGGGUGCUGCCUUAGCGCUCGUCGUGUUCGGAAACGGGGCCACCUGGGAACGCGAGCUGCCGGUGUGCGCUUCGGAGCGCUCUGCCUGCAGUCUGAUCCAUCGGCGUUACUGGCAGAGCCCACUCGAGAUUCGUCUCUGCCGCUGCCCGCGCAAGGAGCCCUGUCCCGAGGGUUUUGAGACAGCGACAAACGGAUCGGCGUUCAACGUCACCGCAAGGACUCAACUCAAGAUGUGCUCCGGCUGGCAAGCUACCCCUUGUAACGCCAGCCAGGUGUCGCUGGUAACGAAGACCAUCAGAAAGAUAGCACGCGUUGCGCAGGGCCAAAACGGCAAGCAAACACACGCAGAGGUGGUGUGCCGCUGCUCUGGGCAGGACUCGGGCGUCUAUUACCGUCGGGCCCACGGAAACAAUACGGCGGAUUUGACAUACUACGAACAGCGCCAGUACUUCACCUGUGAAUCGCUGCGUGAGUGCAAGCCGGGAGAGCCGUGCGGACACGUCACACGUGACUACUACGCCACGUACAAGGCGUGCAACUGCCCGGCCCAUCACUUGUGCACAGUGCCUCUGAACUUCAGUGACCGCAAGGUUGUCAACGUGCGGGAAGCUUUGUACGAAGGAACUGCGUACCUGGCGCUGUGCCUACCCAAGUAGAAAGAAAAGAAGAAGCCAAGGAUCUCAGUCGCAAAGGCUUCCGACCACAUCCUGUGUACGCAGCUGAAUUAGCGACUAUUACGCGCGUUGCGUAAUAGUCAGCAAGCGAAAGACUUUACGACGUAAGGAAGCGCGCCGCAUCGCAUGCAGUCACUGCCCCAAUGCAGUGGUUUACGUCUCGAGGAUUUUUCAAUGUGGUCGGGGUUCAUUGAAGAGUCAAUGUUUGAUCUGUGCACUGCAGAUUUUUCUCCAGUUUCACUUGGCUUGUAAGGUAUUUAUUUCGCCUUAUAGGACGUUCCGAAAGCCUGAACCACUCGAGCAAUGUUACGGAGCUUCUUAAAGUGCGCCUGACUGCACGCGUCGUCACGAAUGAUCUCUUUGUAGUUCACACGAUCUGUUCCGUCUUCAUUGUGCGGAAAUUAUGUGAUAACUUCCCGCAAACUCAAAAUUCCUUUCCGUUUUCAUACUGUGUUUAGUUGUAUAGAGAUAUUUUCUUGAUAUGCAUAUAAUGUGCCGCACGAGGAGUCGACAGCGUGGAGGAGUUCGGGAGAGGAAAGGAUGCGGGUGAGCGCAUCAGCGCUGACAGCUCGUACAACAAUCCGUUUGUAAAUAAAGUUCGACUGAUCUCUCUGUAUUUUUCUGUUUGCCGUGUAGAAA